AUGGGGGACGCCAAUGAAUCUCAGUUCUCUCCCAACACCUUCCAUCUCCUGGGCAUCCCGGGACUGGAGCACAUGCACGUCUGGAUUGGGAUUCCUUUCUGCUCCAUGUACCUGGUGGCUGUGGUGGGGAACGUGACCAUCCUGGCUGUGGUGAGGGCCGAGCGCAGCCUCCACGAGCCCAUGUUCCUCUUCCUCUGCAUGCUCUCCAUCACAGACCUGGUCCUCUCCACGUCCACCCUGCCGCGCAUGCUCUGCCUCUUCUGGCUGGGCGCCCACGCCAUCGCCUUGGACGCUUGCCUGGCUCAGAUGUUCUUCAUCCACAGCUUCACCGCCAUGGAAUCGGGCUUCUUCUUGGCCAUGGCCAUUGACCGGUACGUGGCCAUCUGCGAUCCCCUGCGCCAUGCCACCAUCCUCCCCCACAGUCGCAUUGCCAAAAUGGGGGCUGCGGUGGUGUUCCGGGGAGUAGCCUUCUUUUCCCCACACCCCAUCCUGCUCAAGCAGCUGCCCUACUGCGGAAGACGGAUCCUUGCCCACACCUACUGCGAGUUCAUGGCCGUGGUGAAGCUGGCGUGUGUGGACACGGGCGCCACCAAGCGGUACAGCCUCAGUGUAGCCUCUGUCAUUGGUUCCUGCGAUGGCUUUUUCAUUGCGCUCUCCUACGUGCUCAUCCUCCGUGCUGUCUUCCGUCUUCCCUCCCGAGAGGCAAGCCUUAAGGCUCUAGGCACCUGUGGCUCUCAUGUCUGUGUCAUCGCAGUCUUCUACUCCACAGCUGUCUUUACCUUCCUGACCCACCGCUUUGGCCACAACGUGGUUCCUCGUAUUCAUAUCUUCAUCGCCAACAUGUACCUUCUCGUACCACCCUUUCUCAACCCCAUCGUGUAUGGAAUCAGGACCAAGAAAAUCCGCGACUAUGUAAUUCGUUGUUUAAGGGUAAAACUUGCCUGA